CUUUCACAUCGUCCAGCUGUUUGAUCUGAGCACUGAAUAAACAACUUUUCAAUGUCACUUUAUUCAGUGGAAACAGAUAAAGUCUGAGGCUGAGGUGCCACUGCAAACCUCUGGGGUGUCACACUGGAUAUAGACCCACAGAUCAGUUCUGGACUAUCUCAGAAACAUAUGCUAUAAUUCUUUUUUUCAUGCAUAUUCAGAGAUAUUCACUCCCAUUCAGUGAUGUCUGCAGUGUGUUAACGUGCCUCAGAUAGUGCUGUUUAUCUCAGAGCUCCUCUGCUCAAGAGCUCCUGCCAAGGCCAUCAUAUCUGUAAAACGUAUUGCAUUGGAAGAGAAGGUUGGUGAACAAAAAUGCCGGUCGCCAUUGGUGGUCCUGAAGGCUACACGCCACCUGAGGGUGGCUGGGGUUGGAUGGUGGUGACAGGGGCCUUCAUCUCUAUUGGCUUCUCUUAUGCCUUUCCCAAAUGCAUCACUGUCUUCUUCAAAGAGAUUGAGGUGAUCUUCGAUGUGUCCAGCAGUCAGGUGUCCUGGAUCUCCUCCAUCAUGUUAGCCGUCAUGUACGGCGGAGGUCCUAUCAGCAGCAUCCUGGUUAAUAAGUACGGAUGUCGUCCUGUGAUGAUAGCAGGAGGAUGCCUGUCUGGGUGUGCCCUUAUUGCUGCCUCUUUCUGCACAACUGUUGAAGCACUAUACUUCUGUAUUGGUGUGUUGGGAGGUUUGGGACUGAGCUUCAACCUCAACCCUGCCCUUGUCAUGAUUGGAAAGUACUUCUACAAGAGGCGGCCUAUUGCUAAUGGAAUUGCUAUGGCUGGCAGCCCUGUCUUUCUCUCCACCCUGGCUCCUCUGAACACCUGGUUCUUUGACCAGUUUGGAUGGAGAGGAAGUUUCUUGAUUCUUGGUGGCCUGCUCUUCAACUGCUGUGUUGCUGGUUCCCUUAUGCGGCCUAUAGGACCGAAACCAAAACCUCCAGUAAAGACCACAGAGAGUAGGACAGUGAUGCAGAAAAUUAACAGCUUCAUUGACCUCUCUUUGUUCAAGCACCGUGGCUUUUUGCUGUAUAAUGCGGGCAGCUUUGUCAUGUUUUUUGGUCUUUUCACACCACUGGUGUUCCUCAGUAAUUAUGCAAAGAGUAAAGAUAUCCCUAAAGAAAAGGCAGCUUUCCUACUGUCUGUGCUAGCUUUUGUUGACAUGGUUGCCCGCCCUGUAAUGGGCAUGGUGGCUAACACCAAAUGGGUCCGGCCCAGAGUACAGUACUUCUUUGCAAUUUCUGUGCUGUACAAUGGUGUGUGUCAUGUUCUGGCACCAAUAUCAGUUGACUACACAGGCUUUAUUAUUUAUGCCGUCUUCUUUGGGUUUGCCUAUGGCUGGCUGAGCUCGGUGCUGUUUGAGACCUUGAUGGACCUGGUGGGAGCUCAGCGUUUCGCCAGUGCUGUUGGGUUGGUCACUAUUAUGGAGUGUGGUCCUGUGUUGCUGGGGCCCCCUUUGCUUGGGAAGUUCAAGGACAUCUAUCAUGAUUACAAGUACACAUACCAGGGCUGUGGGAUCCUCCUCAUCAUCGCCAGUGUCUUCCUGUUCGUAGCGAUGGGAAUCAACUAUCGUCUACUGGAAAAAGAGAAAAAAGAGGAGGAGAGGAGGGCCAGGAUGGGAGGUAGAGAAAAGUCCAACAGGGACAGUUCUGCUAAAGAGGUAGCAGAGGCUAGGAACACAGAAGACACUGUCUAAUGUUCUAUAGCAUGUUAACUUUUAAUGUUUCCUGUGAGGUGUAUGCUCAUGACAAACACAGAUGUGUUAGUGGAACAGCACUGAUAAUCAUUCUCCUGUCUCAUUUACAACUGCCAUGCUGUUUCAGCACAACAGAAAUCAUAGCCUCACUUACGAUUUAAUAUAAAAUAUUUACACACCUAUUAUGCCCUUUAAGCUCUAUGAACAACCCCCAUAAAAUACCUCUAAUAUUCUUUUAGGGACUGGCAUAUGUGUUUGUAAACUAUAUUGAAGUUUACUUGGCCCAUUAUGUCAUUGUAUAUGAAUAGGUUAUGUUUUUUCAUCUCAGAUCAUGUCACAAUAAUUUUAAACAACUUUACUGAAGCACAUUAUAUACAUAAAUACUGUAUGUAUGAUUUUAAUAUUGUGAAGUAUGUAUUAUAGAAUUUAACCUUAUACAAUGUAACAAUAGAUGUCAGGGAACAUGUUCAUUGCGGAGCUUUAUUGUAUUUUUUAAAAGAUAGAGCAAACAUUCUGUGUGAAAAUGCAUAUUUAUAGUACUCACCUUGCUGUGAUUUCCACACCAUCUCUCAGAAACAUUUAUAAAGACUUUUUUCCUGUUUACAAGGACCUCAUAGCACCAUGCUGUUUUUGAAGGCUUGAAAACAUGACUUUCAUAAAUAUAUUCAUACUAAUUUUUUAUUUCUUUUUUAAACUUGUUUUUCAGGUCAGUUUUUUAUAAUGCCUAAUGAAAAUUAAUAAUUCCCUAAGUCUUCUUGAAUAGCUUUGUAUAUGCACAUGAUAGAAAAUGUGCCACUGACUACCAGUUACUGUACUGUAUAUGAAACAUGUCAGAAAAUCUAAUAAACUGUCAUUUGACAACA